CCGUACUGAACUCCUACGUGAGGCUGCACGCGUUCAUCAUUUCAUCAUUGAUAUUAGCCAAACGUCUUCGUUGUUAACCGCAUAAACGCACACACACGAUGGAUGACGAUGACGCCGAUUACAUGCAGGGCAGUGAUGAUGAGGUCGCACUCUCAUUAUCAGCCCCUUGGACGGUUGUGCUGACCCCAAACAAUUUUGCAGGAUUACGGCUUCGACUACUCUGAUGGUGACGAAGCCAAUGAAUCCGGGAGUGCUGAUGUAGAGAACAUGUACUAUACUGCAAAAUCAAAGAAAGAAGAUAAUCCAGAGGAAGCACUCAAAGACUUUCGCGCUAUAGCAGACCAGGAAACAGAGAAAGGGGACUGGGGCUUCAAGGCUCUGAAGCAAUCCACCAAACUACUCUUCCUGCAGCUGCACAGACCAGCAGAAGCGUUGAAGACCUACACUCAACUUCUCACCUACACCAAGUCUGCAGUCACACGAAACUACUCUGAGAAGACCAUCAAUGGCAUCCUUGAUUACGUGGGUGGUGGGAAGAGUGGUCCGGUCGAGGUAGAUGUGCUAGAAAGAUUCUAUCAGGCGACCAAAGAUGCGCUUGAGGAGGCGAAAAACGACCGUCUGUCUGUCAAGACGAACUUGAAACUUGCGAAGCUUUGGCUAGAUCGAAAAGAGUACGGGCGUUUGUCAAAGCUCAUCCGCGACUUGCACGCCACGACCAAAGCUGCCAUGGAUAGCGAAGACCAGUCGCAACGGGGUACCCAGCUCCUCGAGAUCUAUGCACUCGAGAUUCAAAUGCACAAUGAGAUGCGUAACGUCAAGAAGCUCAAGGAAAUCUAUAAUGCAUCCAAUAGUGUGCGCUCCGCAAUUCCACAUCCGCGGAUUAUGGGUGUCAUCAAGGAGUGCGGAGGGAAGAUGUGGAUGGGCGAAAGACAGUGGAACCGUGCUUCAGAGGACUUUUUCGAGUCCUUCCGCAACUACGAUGAAGCCGGCUCUCCGCAACGCAUCCAAGUUCUCAAGUACCUUGUCCUCGCGAACAUGCUCACCGGAUCUGAGGUCAACCCAUUCGACUCCCAGGAGACAAAGCCGUACAAGAAUGACUCACAGAUCAAAGCCAUGACAGAUCUUGUAGACGCCUAUCAACGUAGAGAAGUUCACCUAGCUGAGAAGAUCUUACGAGAUAACCGGUCAACAAUUAUGGAUGAUCUAUUUAUCAGAUCGUAUAUCGGCGAACUUCUACGCAGUCUGCGCACGUCCUACUUGAUUGACCUCAUCAAACCCUACACGAGACUUGAGCUCUCGUUCCUCGCCAAACAACUUAACGUCGAAAUUGCCGAGGUCGAGGAGCUCCUUAUUGGGCUUAUCCUCGAGGGAAAGGUUGAUGGCCGGAUCGACCAAGUCGGCAUGCGCCUUGAACUGGAUCAAAGCCACGCACUGGAGAAGAAGCGUUAUGCCGCACUUGAGAAGUGGACAGAAGCACUCGAGGGCUUGCAUGCUACUGUGGUAGCGAAGACUGCUGCAGCAGCAAGAGGAGAGCCGAUGAUGGGCAUGCCACCUGAACGAUACCCCUCUGACUUUGUGACGGCGGGGGGGUUCUAAUCGAUACCUUGUGGCAGUCCUCCUAACGUUGUGUCGUGACUUAUGAUUGCAUUUUCCGAUGUUUCUCGAAGCCUUUCAACAAGAAGUGUGCAAUAUCCUGCGCGUUGUCUAGCCAAAUAUCUAGCAACAAAGGUCCAACUUAGCGUUUGGAUGUGACACGUUAUGCAGGCGAGACGCCUAACAUACGUCACUGAGAUUUCUUUCGUCCAUCAAUGCAGUGUCACCAUGCUGAACAGCUUCCAUAAGUUGGACCGUGCUUCAGGCUGUCUUUGA